GAACCGAAUCGCUGUAUCUCUUAUAUGUACGUAAUAACGCGUUUUAAUGAGAUCCGGCCUCAUGAUAUUAAAAUCUAUACCUUGGGGUUACGUCUUAUUACUCUUGCAUUCUGCAUCUCACCUGAACCUCACAUUCCAGCCGUCCGGAUCAAGUCUAAUCGUUGAACGUCCUCCCACUCACGCAACGACCUAUGAAAUCGCUACCCUGGUUUAUUUAAAAACUUUCGUUUCGCAAAUUCGAACAUGGGCCGCAAAAGCGAUGAUGAUGUGGCGUAUGCUACGGACGGCAUCGGCCGGAUCGAGUCUGAGCCGAAAGGUGCAGUACUCGACCGCACCGCUUCGAAUCAGAUGGGAGAGAUGAACCUCGAAAGUGGCCAUCAACUGGAAAGAGGACUCAAGAGUCGACACAUCCAAUUCCUUGCUCUCGGCGGAGCGAUCGGAACUGGUCUAUUCGUCGGCUCCGGCCAGAUCUUAGCCACCACGGGCCCGGCACCGCUGCUCAUGGCGUACUUGUCUAUGAUGCUUGUAGUCUGGGUCAUCAUGAACAACCUUGCGGAAAUGGUAACAUAUCUUCCCAUGAAGGGUAUCUCAAUUCCGUAUUUCGUCGGCCGCUUCGUCGAACCUAGUCUCGCCUUCGCUGCCGGCUGGAAUUACUGGUACGCUUACGCCAUGCUGCUCGCCGCCGAGUGCACAGCCGGCGCUAUCAUCCUGCAGUACUGGACUACCGCCGUCCCGGUCGCCGUCUGGAUUGCUAUCCAGCUCAUCGUUAUCCUGCUGCUGAACAUUAUCGCGGUUUCAUUUUUCGGCGAGGCGGAAUUCUGGUUUGCGAGUAUAAAGCUUCUUACUAUCACCGGCUUGAUUAUCCUAGGUAUCGUCCUGUUUUUCGGCGGUGGCCCUGACCACGAUCAUCUGUAUUUCAGAUACUGGCAGGAUCCGGGUGCUUUCAAGCCGUACUUGGUGGAAGGAAACACUGGCCGUUUCUUGGCUUAUUGGACGGCCUUUGCGCGUGCCGGUUUUUCGUUCGUCACGUCCCCCGAGCUUAUCGCGCUUUCGGCCGGCGAGACCGUGGCACCCCGACGCAAUAUCCCCAAGGCGGCGCGCCGUUUCGUGUGGCGACUGGCCAUCUUCUACGGCCUGGGUUCUCUUGUCAUCGGUGUCAUCGUCCCCAGCAACGAGAAGAUGUUAAUGGCGGGUGACUCGAACGCGUCGGCCAGCCCCUUUGUCCUCGGUAUCGCGCGUGCUGGAAUCAAGGGUCUUAACCACGUCAUCAACGCCGCCGUGCUAACCUCCGCGUGGUCCGCAGGCAACGCUUUCUGCUACUCGGGCUCGCGUGUGCUUUACUCCAUGGCGCUUAACGGCCAGGCCCCACGAUGGUUCGGACUCACUACGCGCCGAGGCGUGCCGUAUGUUGCGGUACUGUUCACUCUAGUAGUCGCUUGCCUGGGCUUCCUCAACGUGUCCAACUCUGGCGCACAAGUGUUCCAGUGGUUCACCAACAUCUCGACUAUCUCCGGCUUCAUCGCGUGGAUCGUAGUUAUGAUCACGUACAUCCGAUUCCGAAAGGCGAUGGAGCACCACGGGUUGCUCAACGUGCUCCCCUACCGAACACCGCUGCAGCCGUACGCGACGUACGCCGCGCUGUUCAUCAUCAUAAUCCUGACCCUGACCAACGGGUUCCAAGUCUUCUUCCCGUCGCAGUGGAGCGUGUCCAACUUCCUCGCCGCGUACAUCACCAUCCCGAUCUUCCUGGUCCUGUACCUCGGACACAAGCUCGUCUAUCGCACGCCCGUCGCGACCAAGACCGAGGACGUGGACGUCUGGACGGGGAAGAAGGAGAUGGACGAUCUUAGCGCCGCGGACGAGGAGCGGAUUCCGCGCAACUGGUACGAAAAGGUUUGGUACUGGCUUGCUUAAUUUUGGUAUGAUUAUACUUGUUUGAGAUACGCAAGGGUUCGGGCGAGGUAUAUGUGUUAUGAGGUAGUGUGAUUCCAUUGUAUUUAUGCAUUGCUUGUACAAAAUGAGAAUUUUAAAAUAGAUAGGUGUCUAACCUAACCUGUGCAAAUAUAUUUGAAUUUAUUUAGAUCUGGAUCUUGAAUUACGCAAUAUUAAUUGGGAAUUUCCUUUCUAAUGCUAAGAUUUUAAGAUCCGUAUUUUA